CCCUGCCGGCAGCUCCCAGCACACCCACAGCGCUCAGACUACAAUUCCCGGCGCGCGCUGCUCCCUCGCUCUGACUGGCUGAGCUGGAAAGGCGCUCCGCGAUUGGCUGGUCGCUCUUCACCUCAGCUCACCAAUACUGCGCAGGCGCCCGAGCUGUCAGUGAGGGAGAACCCCGCCGGUGAUAAUAAUGGGGGGCAGCGAGAGUACCGGGAGGAAAGUGUCCUUCGGGAUGGAUGAGGAGGACAGGGUGCGGGUUCUGCGAGGAGUCCGGCUGACUGAUGACCUUGUAAGCCGAAUGAAGGAGUCUUCACCACAGAGAGGGGAGCAGAAUCUGUCGCCGACGUUGGACCAUCCCCCGCCUCCGCAGUUGUCCCUUCCAAGGGGCGGACCUGCGCCCUCUGCAUCAGAUUUCCGAGCCAAAACUGAGGGUACACAGGGUCCGUCUGCUGGAGGAAGCAAAAAGAUGCCUACGUAUGCAGAGGAUGAACUGUACAGGAGAUAUGAGAGGGAACAGGCCAUCAUCCAGGAAGAGCUCGCCCGACUCUCCCAAAGAGAACAUGAGGCAGCGCAGGAGAAAUACACGUCGGCCAUUCUGCGGGAGAAGAAUUACACCAACCAGGAGCGCCGGAGAGCUGAGCAGCUGCCUGCGGAUUUGGAUGAAUGGGCCAAAGAGCUAAAAAGGAAGGAGGAGGAGCUUAAAAAACUGGACAGUUUUCACAAGGAACAGCUGACCAGCAUAGAAAAGAAGAACUUGGAAAUCUAUAAACUGACAGCCGAGCAGUUCCACACAGCGGCAACCAACGCCGAGCUCCGAGUAAAGAAGAGAAGUUAUGACCCGGUGUGCCAGAACCUCCAGUCCAACAUUCUGAAAUGUUACUCAGAAAACCAGCAGGAGCUGCUCAACUGUAGUGACCUGGCCAAGGAGUAUCAGAGCUGUGUGAGAGAGGCACAGAAGAAUCUGCUUUUCAGUCACGGCUAAUCCAUCCAACAUCAGCACAAAAGAAGGUGGAGGGACCACGUCAACUGGAGAUUCAUCGUGUGGGGAAAAUGAAGAGUUUACAAGAGUUUAUCAAUGUAGAAAAGGCUAUGGAAAUUUUUUGCUGUAAUAUAAAAUCCUGCCAACGAUGCUUUGAGCCAAAGUGGGAGGCAGCCAUUUUGUUAUCUGAAUCUAACCCCAGGCGAUAGUGACGUCCAGCUAAAUCAGGGGUCUCCAAACUAUGGCCCUCCAGUUGUUCAAGAACUACAAUUCCCAUCAUGCCUAGUAAUGUCUGUGAAUGUCAGAGU